UAGUGCAUUAUAACACAUCGGUAAUUGGAUAAUCCUACGUCAACGUUUCUUUUAUAACUUCGCUAAGGUUGAUAAACGGCAUCCGAAGAAGAAAUCAUCAAACUCCGUCAAUCGAUUGAGUGGAGGGGCGGCUUGUUAUAUAAAGACUGACUUGAAUGUCUAUUAUACAACUCCUUCUCCCACAACCGACUAUUAUACUCUACGCAAAAUGUCUUCCAACGAUAAAUUUAUGGGAUGGGUUGCCCACGACAAAACAGCCGUUGAGGGAAAUAUGAAAUGGGAAGAAUUCACUCCAAAAGAAUGGACAGAAAAUGAUAUUGAAGGUGACGUGAUUUGCUGUGGAAUCUGUUUCUCAGAUAUUCAUACUUUACGUUCCGGAUGGGGAUCAACUGAUUAUCCAACAGUUGUAGGACAUGAACUUGUUAUCAAUGUUACAAGAGUUGGAAACAAUAUCAAACACGUCAAGCCAGGUCAAAGAGCAGGUGUUGGUGCACAAAGUGAUUCUUGCCGUGAUUGCAAGCAAUGUCAAGCAGGCUUGGAAUCUUAUUGUGAUAACUUGCAAGGCACAUACCAAGGUAAAUUCUUGGACGGAAAAGGUAAGAGCUACGGCGGGUAUGCAAACAAAUGGCGUGGACCAGGCCAUUUUGCCGUUCCUAUCCCUGACGGUUUGGAAUCUCACAUUGCCGGACCAUUAAUGUGCGGUGGUAUCACUAUUGCAUCUCCUUUGAUGGAUUAUGGUGUUGGACAAGAGAAUUGCAAGAGAGUAGGUAUUAUAGGCGUCGGAGGAAUCGGAAGUUUCGGGAUCGCUUUCGCAAAAGCACUUGGAGCAGAACAGAUCGUUGCCAUCUCAACGACAUCGAACAAAGAAAGUUUAGCAAGAGAAUUAGGCGCGACAGACUUUGUUGCCAUGAAGGAUAAGCCAGACGACCAUAAACGAUUCCGCCGUAGCUUAGACUUGAUUAUUGCAACCGCAAACAAUCACGAUCAACCUUACGAUAAGUUCUGCUGGAUGUUGCGUCCUCGUGGUCAUUUGAUCAAUAUUGCUGUUCCUGAACAAGCAGUUAUGCCAAUUCCCGUUGGCCCGCUCAUCUUUUCAGGUGCUUCAAUCGGUGGAUCAGCAAUUGGUGGUAUUCCACAAAUUGGAAAAAUGCUUCAAUUGGCUGCUGAUAAAAAGCCAAACUUUAUGAUUGAAAAGAGAAGUAUGAAAGAUGCCAAUCAAGCCGUGAAGGAUAUGGUUGCUGGUAAGCCACGUUUCCGUUAUUCUUUGGUAAAUGAAUAAACAAGGAAGAUUAAAUAUGAAUACAGUCUUUUGAACGUAAUUGAUAUUUAUCAAUGAAUCAAUCAGUUAAAUCUUCUCUUUGUUUGCUCCUCAAAAAUUGAACCUGCCUCA